CAAGGCUACGAGAAGAUCUGCAAAGUGUGGAGUGUUGAUUAUUGGUUUCAUCUGCAACUGGAGCUGGAUUUUAUGAUCAUGACUUCAAUUGGCAACUUUGAAAUUACCUUACUGGAGGAGGGGUUCUGUGCAAAGGACGUUAUUAAGCAGAAGAUCACAGAAUCCUCAUCAGGUGACCAGGAUGCUUUCUAUGUGGCAGACCUGGGUGAUGUCCUUAAGAAGCACCUUAGAUGGGCACAUGUCUUGCCUCGUGUCACACCUUUCUAUGCUGUGAAAUGCAAUGAGAGCAGAGUUGUUGUAAAGACACUGGCAACACUGGGAACUGGCUUUGACUGCGCAAGCAAGACUGAGAUCCAGCUUGUGCAGUCUCUGGGAGUGGAGCCCAGUAGGAUCAUUUAUGCCAACCCCUGUAAGCAGGUGUCACAGAUAAAGUAUGCUUCUGCACAUGGAGUGCAAAUGAUGACCUUUGAUAGUGAAGUGGAGCUAAUGAAGGUUGCUCAGAGCCAUGACAAUGCCAAGUUAGUGCUGCGUAUAGCUACAGAUGACUCUACAGCAAAAUACAAGAUGAGUGUGAAGUUUGGAGCCACACUGAAAAGCAGCAGGCUGCUUCUGGAGAGGGCAAAGGAGUUAGGGCUGGACAUCAUUGGAGUCAGCUUUCAUGUAGGCAGCGGCUGCACAGACCCAGAGACAUUCACCCAGGCCAUUGCAGAUGCACGCUGUGUCUUUGACAUGGGGGCUGAGUUGGGCUACAAUAUGACCCUGCUGGAUAUUGGUGGUGGCUUCCCUGGCUCUGAUGAUUCCAAGCUAAAGUUUGAGGAGGUUACUGCUGUAAUCAACCCUGCACUGGAUAAGUACUUUCCUGCAGACUCUGGUGUGAGGAUAAUUGCUGAGCCUGGACGAUUCUAUGUAGCCUCUGCAUAUACACUAGCUGUCAACAUCAUUGCUAAGAAAGUCAACAUGAAGGAGCAAUCGGGCUCUGAUGGUGUUGAUGUUGGGACCAGUGAGCGAACUAUAAUGUACUAUGUCAAUGAUGGAAUUUAUGGCUCAUUUAAUGCUGCAUGCUCUGGUUAUGAACAUGAAUUCUGCGUUUACAAGAAACCCAAGCCUGAUGAGCACAUGUACCCAUGCAGUAUUUGGGGUCCUACCUGUGAUGGCCUUGACCGCAUUGUGGAGCUGUGUACCUUGCCUGACCUUCAGGUAGGAGACUGGCUGCUGUGUGAAAACAUGGGUGCUUACACUGUAGCUGCUUCGUCCACAUUUAACGGCUUCCAAAAGCCAGACAUCUAUUACGUCAUGUCCAGAUCCGCUUGGCAAUGCAUGCAGCAGAUCCAUGCCCAGGGAAUGCCUGCUCUGGUGGAAGAACAGAACCAUGGGAACAUACCAGGCCACUGUGGGCGUGAAAGCAUCCCAGAAUUCUGCACUACUCGCAUCCUCUGAUAUUGCAGAUGCAGUACAAAAAUGUCUGCUUCAUAUUAAUUUGUAAAAUAAAUAAGGAAGCAGUGUUGGUGCCCAA